AUGGUAGCUAUAAUUCCGUUGUAUCCACAAAUCCGUACAACAUACUCCUAUGAGAAGAGGAGCCAGCUCCAUCUAUAUCCCAUUUUGGCAUUUUCAGUGGAGAUCAACCACUGUAGUGUAUCAGCCCCACCAGCUGACUGUGAAUUCCGCCACCAAAUUCCAAAAAUGACUCCUGCUCCAUCGGAUUCUGGUAUGAUGCAGGCGGUCGUGUUUCACGGGCCCUACAAGGUCGCCGUUGAGCAGAGGCCUAUUCCCAAGGUUCAGGACCCGGAGGAUGUUAUAGUCAAGGUUGGAUAUACUGCGCUUUGUGGAAGUGAGCUGCACAUGUUCCGUGGCGUGGAGCCUGCAGGAAAAGAUUUCAUAAUGGGACAUGAAUUUGUCGGUACCAUUGUGGAAAUGGGCAGCGCUGUCAAGACUCUACAGAAGGGUGACCGGGUUGUGACUGCAUUCACUACUUCCUGUGGCGAAUGCUUCUACUGCAAGCAAGGGUGGUCUUCUCGCUGUGAUAAGAACAGUCUUUUUGGAUGUGACAGCUUGGACGGUGGACAGGCUGAAUACGCCCGCAUCCCGAAUGCGGAAGGUUCCGUCAUGAAGGCCCCCGAGGGCGUUGACGAGAAAUAUCUGGUGCUCAUGGGAGAUAUUUUCCCCACGGGCUGGUUUGCAGCAAACAAUGCAUUCAAGAACUCAACCCCGCAGCAAAUUGCUGAACAGACAGUAGUCCUAAUUGGAUGUGGGCCUGUCGGUCUCUGUGCGCUCAUCAAUGCUCUGGAGUACAAGCCCAAGCAUAUUCUGGCGGUUGACUCGGUUCCGUCGAGACUGGAGCUUGCCAAGUCGCUUGGUGCCGAGCCGUGGAACUUCCAACUGGACCGGGCUGGUCUAGACAAGCGUGUUCAGGAGUUGACAAAUGGACGUGGUGCCGAUGCUGUCAUUGAAGUCGUCGGGUUGAGCCCUGCAUUGCGCACUGGCUUUGAACUGUUGCGGCCUUGGGGAACUAUUAGUAGUGUGGGUGUCCACAAUGGAGAGAUCCCGUGGGACGGCAAUGAUGCCUAUUCCAAGAACCUCACUGUCCAAAUGGGGCGAUGCCCUGUUCGGUCUGUUGCUCCUCGGGCUCUUGAGGUGCUCAAGAGGAACCAACAUAAGCUUGGCUUCAUGACAGAUAAGAUCAUGCCGCUCUCGCAGGCAGUGGAGGGCUAUAAGCUAUUUGAAGCGCACCAGCAAAACACCACCACUCCAACUUCUUCAACUCUUUCACAUCUCCAUCUUCCUCACCUUCGUCCCUUUUCUUCUUCCUCUCCUCUUCUCCUUCUCCUCUUCUCCCUUUCUCCCAUCGACUGCUUUUCCUGUUCACCUUCUUCUCCCCCUCUCUUGAUCCGAGAUUCUGCCGCUUUCCCCUCCCAUCCAUUUCUCCACUUCCUAUCUCCCUCUUCUUCUCUACCGUCCCGCGACCGUACGGUCUUCAAGAAACCUUUUAUCCCGCCAUUCACUUGA